GCUGAGGAACCUGAACAGAAAGAGCCAGGAAAGACUCAGUAAGUGAGGAUAGCAGACCUCUGGUUAUUCAAGCCUCUUCCAAGCUCACCAUGGUCUUUGCAUUGACUGCCUGAGAAGAACUCCAAAUUCAUAUGCAGUGUGCUCUCCGUGGUAGUAUUGGCAACUCUCCUCAAAGUCAUUAUUCCAAAUCUCAGGAAGAGCUGGCAGAGUCUUUCCAGUUUUCUCCCUGACUGUUUCUGGAUGUGAGUACAUCCCACUGGAAUAUUCCCACCUCCAGAACAAGGAAAAGGCUUGAAGGACCUCAAUCUACUGUGCCAACAGGACCUGAAUGACUAUGAGUGACCACUCCCUGAAGAUGUCUGACAGCCACAGCAGCCCUCUCCUGCCAGAGCCUAAUUCCAGCAGAUACAAAUUCUAUGAAUCAGAGCCAAGCAGCCCUACCUGGCCUUCAAACUCCCAAGAUACACAUCCAGCCCUGCCCUUGCUGGAAAUGCCUGAAGAAAAGGACCUCCGAUCAUCUGAUGAAGACAGCCACAUUGUGAAAAUUGAAAAAUCCAAUGAAAGGAGUAAAAGGAGAGAAAGUGAGGUGUCCCGCAGAGGCUCUGCGGGCCGGGGAGGCUUCAGCCUCUUCCAAGCAGUGGGCUACCUCACAGGCGAGAUGAAGGAGUGCAGGAACUGGCUGAAAGAUAAGCCCCUGGCCCUCCAGUUCCUAGACUGGUUCCUGAGGGGAACUGCUCAGGUGAUGUUUGUCAACAACCCCCUCAGUGGGCUCAUCAUCUUCAUAGGACUUCUGAUCCAGAAUCCCUGGUGGGCACUUGCUGGGGCUCUAGGGACAGUUGUCUCGACUUUAACUGCCCUCAUCUUAAGCCAGGACAGGUCAGCCAUCGCCUCCGGACUCCACGGCUACAAUGGGAUGCUGGUGGGGCUGCUGAUAGCCGUGUUCUCCGAGAAGGCAGACUACUACUGGUGGCUGCUGUUUCCAGUGAUCUUCACAACCAUGGCCUGCCCAGUGAUUACUAGUGCUUUGAAUUCCAUCUUCAGCAAGUGGGACCUUCCGGUCUUCACACUGCCCUUCAAUAUCGCCGUGACACUGUACCUGGCAGCCACAGGCCACUACAACCUCUUCUUCCCCACGACGCUGCUGCAGCCUGCAUCUGCUGUGCCUAAUCUCACCUGGUCAGAGAUUGAAAUGCCUUUGUUGCUACAAACCAUCCCCGUAGGGAUCGGCCAGGUGUACGGCUGUGACAAUCCCUGGACAGGUGGUUUGAUCCUGGUGGCUCUGUUCAUCUCCUCACCACUCAUCUGCCUGCAUGCAGCCAUUGGAUCCAUCAUCGGGAUGCUAGCAGCUCUGACAGUGGCCACCCCCUUCGAGACGAUCUACGUGGGCCUCUGGAGCUACAACUGUGUCCUCUCCUGUAUUGCCAUCGGGGGCAUGUUCUAUGCCCUUACCUGGCAGACCCACCUGCUGGCCCUUGUCUGUGCUUUGUUCUGUGCCUACAUGGGAGCAGCUCUUUCCAACAUGAUGGCCGUGGUUGGUGUGCCAUCAGGUACCUGGGCCUUCUGCCUCUCCUCACUCAUCUUCCUGCUCCUAACAACCAACAACCCCGCAAUCUACAAGCUCCCACUCAGUAAAGUCACCUACCCAGAGGCCAACCGCAUCUUGUACCUGACGAUGAAGAGCAGUGAGGAAGAGAAGUCUCCCAGCGGCAGCGGUGGGGAGGAGCUGCCCACAGCAGGCCCCAAGGCUGAGGAGGGCUCCGAAGCGGUGCUCCCCAGGCGCAGGAGUGUGUUCCACAUCGAGUGGUCAUCUAUUCGAAGGAGAAGCAAAGUGUUUGGGAAAGGUGAACACCAGGAAAGACAAGCCAAAGAGUCAUUCUCCUAUCUAUACCGGAAGCCAGCGGUGGAGCUGCUUGAUCUAGACACCAUGGAGGAGAGUUCUGAGAUCAAGGUAGAAGCCAACAUGUCCAAGACUUCCUGGAUUCAGAGUUCCAUGGCUGCUGGGGGGAAGAGGGUCAGCAGAGCCCUUAGCUACAUCACAGGAGAGAUGAAGGAAUGUGGAGAAGGUCUUAAAGACAAAUCCCCAGUGUUCCAGUUUCUCGACUGGGUGCUCCGAGGCACAUCUCAGGUGAUGUUUGUGAACAACCCCCUCAGCGGCAUCCUCAUCAUCCUUGGCCUCUUCGUCCAGAACCCCUGGUGGGCCAUCUCCGGCUGCCUGGGCACCAUUGUAUCCACCUUGACCGCCCUGGUCCUGAGCCAGGACAAGUCGGCGAUAGCAGCGGGGCUCCAUGGCUACAACGGGGUGCUGGUGGGGCUGCUGAUGGCCGUGUUCUCAGACAAGGGUGACUAUUACUGGUGGCUUCUGCUCCCCAUCAUUGUUAUGUCUAUGUCUUGCCCCAUUCUCUCCAGUGCCCUGAGCACCAUCUUCAGCAAGUGGGACCUUCCAGUCUUCACACUGCCCUUCAAUAUCUCCGUGACCCUGUACCUGGCAGCCACCGGCCACUACAACCUCUUCUUCCCCACGACGCUGCUGCAGCCUGCAUCUGCUGUGCCUAAUCUCACCUGGUCAGAGAUCCAAGUGCCCUUGCUUUUGAGAGCCAUCCCUGUCGGAAUCGGCCAGGUAUACGGCUGUGAUAACCCCUGGACUGGAGGCAUCUUCCUCAUAGCUCUGCUUGUAUCUUCGCCGCUCAUUUGCUUGCAUGCAGCCAUUGGAUCCACCAUGGGGAUGUUAGCAGCUCUCAGCAUUGCCACGCCCUUUGACUCCAUCUACUUUGGCCUUUGUGGCUUCAACAGCACGCUCGCCUGCAUCGCCAUCGGAGGCAUGUUCUACGUCAUCACCUGGCAGACACACAUCUUGGCCAUUGCCUGCUCACUGUUUGCAGCCUACCUGGGUGCCGCUCUGGCCAACAUGUUGUCUGUGUUUGGAUUACCACCAUGCACAUGGCCCUUCUGCCUCUCAGCGCUCACCUUCCUGCUCCUGACCACCAACAACCCCGCCAUCUACAAGCUCCCCCUCAGCAAAGUCACCUACCCAGAGGCCAACCGCAUCUACUUCCUAUCCCAAGAGAGGAACAGAAGGGCAUCGACCAUAACAAAGUACCAGGCCUAUGAUGUCUCUUAAGUUGCCAGUUCCAAAACACAUCACUGUAAAUGCAGCAUGACUUUG